AUGAACGGGCUGCGCAAGUUCUUCCGAGGCAGCGGGCGGGUCCUGGCGUUCGUGUUCGCGGCGUCCGUCCUCUGGCUGCUCUUCGACAUGGCAGCCCUGCGCCUGUCCUUCAGCGACGCCGGCUCCCGGCUGCUCCAGGCGCGCGGCGUCCGCAGGGAGCCGGUGGGGUUCCGGGCGCGGCCCGAGCGGGACCAGGCGGCGCCCCCGCGCGGCGGCGGGGAGGGCGGGAGGCCCCCGGCGAGGCCGCGCGGGCAGGACCCGGGGCCCCGGGAGCGCCCUCGGGGGGCGGCGGGCACCGCGCUGCGGGCUGACGCCGCCCCGGCCGCGGCCCCGACGGACGGGAGGACGCGCCGCGCCGCGGGAGGCCGGGUCGCCGCUCGGCGGCCCCCUGCGCCUCUGCAGCCCCGGGCAGGGGCUCGCGCCGGGCCGCGCACCGCCCAGCGGGACACAGCUCGGGGCACGGCUCGCGGGGCUCCGCCCGCCCCCCCCGCAGCCGCGCCCGGAGCCCGAGCGGCCGCGACCUCUGCGCGCGCGGGCCGCGUGGACGCACCCGCCGAGGCCCCGACGGCUCCCGGGCUCCGCGCUGGCCCGCGGGCGCCGGCGGCCGGGCGAGCCCGGGGGGAGGGCGGCGGCCCCGAGGGAGGCGCGCGGCCCGCCAGCGCAGCGGUGCCCGAGCCCCGGGAAGCCGGCGCCCUCGACGCAGCGGGGCCUCCGAGCCGAGACCCAGCCGCGAACCGAGACCGAGACCGAGGCAGAGCCGACGGGACCCUCGCCUUCCCCCAGCCCGGGGCCAGUUCGGGAGGCCCCCGGGGGCGGCCUGCCGGGGAACGCGGGCCGGGAGCGGGGCCGGCGGGGGGCGCGGCCACAGCGGCCGCCGGGAGGGCGCCCGGUUCCUCCGCAGGCCACGUUGUGAUCGUGACCAAGGAGGAGGAGCCAAGGCCGGAGCCCAAGCAGGUGCCUAGAACAGAGGCGGAAAACAAGGCCGAACUCCCCGCUGCCCUGGGGGACGGCCGAGGCCAAGCCACCUCCGCGAGGAGAAGCCCGGCCGCCGCCCCCGCCCCCGCCUCCGCCUCCGCCCCCGCCGCGGCCGAGCCCCCGCCCACAGGGGCGCCCCCUGCGGGCCUCCGCCGAAGUCGCCCAGGAGCCCGGUCACCUGCUCAACACGCCGUGCGCCCUGUGUCGAGGAUCGACGCCACGCUCUCUCCAAGGGACCCCAAAGCUCCGGGCCAGUUUGGACGGCCCGUGGUCGUUCCCCGUGGGAAGGAGAAGGAGGCAGAAAGAAGGUGGAAAGAAGGAAACUUCAACGUCUACCUCAGCGACUUGAUCCCCGUGGACAGAGCCAUCGAAGACACAAGACCUGCUGGGUGUGCAGAGCAGCUAGUUCACAAUAACCUCCCAACCACCAGUGUCAUCAUGUGCUUUGUGGAUGAAGUGUGGUCUACUCUCCUGAGGUCUGUUCACAGUGUCCUUAAUCGCUCUCCUCCGCACCUCAUCAAGGAGAUUCUGCUGGUGGAUGACUUCAGUACCAAAGACUACCUAAAAGAUGAUUUGGAUAAAUACAUGUCUCAGUUUCCAAAAGUUCGGAUUCUUCGCCUCAAAGAGAGACAUGGCUUAAUAAGAGCCAGGCUGGCGGGAGCACAGAAUGCAACAGGUGAUGUGUUGACAUUCUUAGAUUCUCACGUGGAAUGUAACGUUGGUUGGUUGGAACCUCUUCUGGAAAGAGUUUAUUUAAGUAGAAAGAAAGUAGCCUGUCCAGUAAUUGAAGUCAUCAAUGAUAAGGAUAUGAGUUACAUGACAGUGGACAACUUUCAAAGAGGCAUCUUUGUGUGGCCCAUGAACUUUGGUUGGAGAACAAUUCCUCCAGACGUUGUUGCAAAAAACAGAAUUAAAGAAACAGAUAUAAUAAGGUGCCCCGUCAUGGCAGGUGGAUUAUUUUCUAUUGAUAAAAAUUACUUUUUUGAACUUGGAACAUAUGACCCUGGACUUGAUGUCUGGGGUGGAGAAAAUAUGGAGCUCUCAUUCAAGGUGUGGAUGUGUGGUGGUGAAAUUGAGAUCAUUCCCUGCUCCCGAGUGGGCCACAUAUUCAGAAAUGACAAUCCAUACUCCUUCCCCAAAGACCGGAUGAAGACAGUAGAGCGGAACCUGGUGCGGGUUGCUGAGGUCUGGCUUGAUGAGUACAAGGAGCUAUUCUAUGGCCAUGGGGACCACCUCAUAGACCAAGGGUUGGAUGUCGGAAACCUCACUGAACAACGGGAACUUCGAAAGAAACUAAAAUGCAAAAGUUUCAAAUGGUACUUGGAGAAUGUUUUUCCUGAUUUGAAGGCCCCCAUUGUGAGGGCUAAUGGUGUGCUUAUUAACGUGGCCUUGGGCAAAUGCAUUUCCAUUGAAAACACCACAGCCACUUUGGAAGACUGCGAUGGGAGCAGCGAGCUUCAACAAUUUAAUUACACCUGGCUAAGACUUAUUAAACAUGAAGAGUGGUGCUUAGCUCCCAUCCCUGAUACUGGGGCCCUGAGUCUGCACCCUUGUGAUAACAGAAACAAAGGGCUAAAAUGGCUACAUAAAUCAGCGUCAGUCUUUCACCCAGAACUGGUGAAUCACAUUGUUUUUGGAAAUUAUCAUCAGUUGCUAUGCUUAGAAGGAAAUGUUUCUCAGAAGACCUUGAAAGUUGCUGCUUGUGAUCCAAUGAAGCAACACCAAAAGUGGAAAUUUGAGAAAUAUUAUGAAGACUAAAGAAUAACUAAUAUUUUAAUCUACUAAACCCAUUAGACACUGUGAAAAUGACAGUGGAUGUGGGGACUGUAUUUCUCCGUGGUAGUUUACAUUUUCAAAAUUAAUAGCUUUGAACAGGAGAUUUAAAAACCCACAAUAUUUGAGAAACCAAAAGUGAGCUCAGGGAAACAACCUAACGUUGAAUUAGAGUCCUUCUUCAGUUCUUUGUGGCCUUAUGAAUUGCCUGCUUCCUGCCUGUGCUGGAAGGACCUCAGCCUGCAAGCUUCCCCCAUGCAAUCAAACAGGUAAUGGGAAAUGAAGCUAAAAGUAUUUGAGAAAGUACAGUGAUAUUCAUGAUUGAGUUUGAUAAUAACCAGCUCUUUUGGCCCACAAAUAGGUAUAAUCAAUGGGAACCUAUUCUUUUAUUUGCUUUUUUUUUCUUUUAAUUAAAAAAAGUUACUUGAGUUCCUAUGAUGAAAAGACCUCAGAAACACACAGCUGUCAUCUUGGUGAAGUCCCUCCCAGCUACACACAUGUUCACCUAACAGUAUGAAAGAGUAUCAUAUUCCUCAAUGGUAGAACUUUGAUCUGGAUGACUGCAUAAUGGUUUUUUGUUUUUGGUUUUUCGCAAUCUGAGUCAGUGGAAAAACUUUAAGUGAGGAAGUCAAAUGCUUAUUCAGUUCUAGAUAUGGACAUUGUUUCAAUUCAUUCUGUGCCUUUAAAACUACACUUUAAAGAAACAAUCAUACUAGUAACUUCCUAGACUUAGGUAGAUAUUUAAAAAGAAAGAAAAAAAGACAAAGAAAAAGGGGCUGGGUCACAGUGCGCCGUAGUCACCAAAAAUACACUUAAUUGUUGAACACACUGCAAUGUAAAACAAAGCAGAAAAAAAUUAAAGAUUUAUAUAAAAUACUACUUUAGAUGUAACAGCAUUCAUGGGGAUGAAGCAUACUAAAAAUAGCUCUAAAAGAUUUCAAAGCAGAAAUAAAAUGAAGUAAAUAUGAUGAAAGGGGAAGAAAAUGAGGUAAACAACCCUCUGGAAGACAGUUAAGAAAAAAUUGACCUAGGCUUGGCCAGAAAAGAAAACGAAUCUGGUACCUCUAUGGGGUGGAGGUGGGGGAUAAGGCCAUAGAUGUGGACCUAAUGGUAACACUGAUAAAUUUGAGGAAGAGUCCAUGAGAAAGAGUCCAAUAUUUCUUCCAUCCAAAUUGAGUUCCUAAUCUUAGGUAUGCCAAUACUUAGGCAUAUCACAAGAGAUUCUAGAAAUCCGAAUAUCCUUUGUAUUGAUUUUUGAUAAGAAAAUUCAUGCCCAGAAAACACAUUACCUGCCUAAGAGUCCCACUCCAGAUAGUGAGAGAUGAAGAUUAGAAUUUGGAUCUCCAGAGACAGGGCUCAUUACACUGCCCCAGGACUCCGGUCUAAACAAAUCCGCUCCACAGCAUUCUUAAAAAGGAGUUACAUAAACCUUGCUGGGAUUGGGUCUCUGGAGCCAUGCUAUACACUUGUUAAUAUGAAAAAACAAAGCUUUGUUCAGUUGAGCUGAUGGUAAAAGUGGGCAUCUUUAGUUUUGACUUCCUAUUUAAAAUUUAAUUUUAUCUCCCAAUUAAUUACACAAAAGCAGAGCUAUAACUAUGACUCAGAAGGGGAAACAGCUCUGCCUAUUUGCAUCAUACUUAAGAUGUUUUAUUCAGAUAAUUGACAUUGCAGAUGAGAUAAGAGAAUGACUAGAAAAUGAGAUAAUUCUUUUCAAAACAGAGCCAUAUGGGGGAUAAAACACAAGUCAGUUGCCAAAGGAUUAACUGUAUUGCUGACCAAACUGAAUGUGCUGAGUGCCUCAUGCAAUUCUUUGUGUAACUGCAAAAAUGUUGAAAGGGUUUUUUUGCCCCCAGUCUGAAGACUCUUUUUAUUCAAAAACAGUUUCCACAAAACACAUCAAGUCUGUUCAGAAAAAGAUGAGUUAUGGUUUGACUACACGUACCUUUGGGCAUACCAAUGAAAGAAAUUUGAAUGUUUUUCACCAAGACCUCCUACAGUCUGUUUAUGGUCUUCCUGACUUCACCUUGAUAUAAUAUGAAGCUCUCUUGGAAUCUAUCUUGUCAAUGUAGCAAAGGAUUGUUUUCAUACAUGGUAUGUUUGUUCUUGGAAAGAAUUUUAAAAACAGCUUUUACCAUGUAUUUGCUCCAUUACCCUAAGAUGCGAGGAACAAAUCACUAAUUAGAAAUCUUACAGGCCUAAACUUAAAGAGUAUUGGCUAAUUGUGAAAUCUUCUACAAACAUUUUUUAAGCAUUAUCCUCUAAAUUUUGUUUUCAGAAGACUAAUAAAGGUGUAAAUGCUA